UUCACCGAUGGAAUCACCAAUAAACUCAUUGGCUGCUACGUGGGUGACAUAACAGACGAUGUGGUUCUAGUUAGGAUCUAUGGAAACAAGACCGAGCUCUUAGUGGAUCGAGAUGAGGAAGUGAAGAGUUUCCGCGUGUUGCAGGCUCAUGGCUGUGCACCUCAACUGUACUGUACUUUCAAUAAUGGCCUGUGCUAUGAGUUCAUGCAGGGGGAAGCACUGGAUCCAGAGCAUGUAUGCAAUCCAGAUAUUUUCAGACUCAUUGCCAGACAACUUGCUAAAAUCCAUACUAUUCAUGCACACAAUGGAUGGAUCCCUAAAUCUAAUCUGUGGCUGAAGAUGAGGAAAUACUUCUCUCUCAUACCCACAGAAUUUAUGGAUGAGGAGGUAAAUAAAAGGUUUUUAAGUGACAUUCCAAGUCCUCAAGUUCUUCAGGAAGAGAUGGCCUGGAUGAAGGAAAGACUGUCAAAUUUAGGAUCACCAGUGGUACUCUGUCACAAUGACCUGUUGUGUAAGAAUAUUAUUUACAACAAGAAACGAGGUGAUGUGCAGUUCAUAGACUAUGAGUACUCUGGAUACAACUACCUGGCUUAUGACAUUGGAAAUCACUUCAAUGAAUUUGCAGGAGUAAAUGAGGUAGACUACAGCCUUUAUCCUAACAGAAAAUUACAGGAACAAUGGCUGAGAUCUUACCUCGAGGCCUACAAAGAAUAUAAAGGAUUUGGCACAGAAGUCAGUGAAAAAGAAGUCGAAGUUCUAUAUGUCCAAGUCAAUCAGUUUGCACUGGCUUCCCACUUCUUUUGGGGAUUGUGGGCUCUAAUUCAAGCCAAAUACUCCACCAUUGACUUUGAUUUUCUGGGGUAUGCAAUUGUUCGGUUUAACCAGUAUUUCAAAAUGAAGCUGGAGGUCAUGACAUUAACUCUUCCUGAGUAACGAAGAGGAAGAAGCUUGCCAAGUGGAUAGACAACUCCUGAAUCUUUUCUGAGAACAGAUACUGGAAAAAGCUAAACAUUUGUUGAAGUUCUGUAAUGCUCACUUGGUGGUUCUUGCUUUAUAAAUAAUGCCUCUAAACAGUCCUUCAAUGUUAAAUUUCUAUGAAGAGCAUACGUACUGCUGUUGAUAUAAAACAGAUUAGAAACUUGCUAAAUCUAUAAAAAGUUGUAGAAAUGGCAAUUUAAUCCUUCUUUGUAAUUUAACAUAUGUUGUAUGUGAAUUAUUUAUUACAAGUUUAACAUGAUUCCAUUGCUGCUUUCAUCUGUUUUUUGUAAAAGUUGGGUGCAGACAGUGAAGUUGUUCCAAAGGAUUUGUUUAACAACUUAUUUUAUUGAAGUUGCAUUAACUUAUAUUAAAGAAAACACGGUCAGAGAAUAUUAACCUUUUAGAUGUAUACAAGCAAAAUAUGAGCGAUAAUAGACUCAUG